CAGAAUAAAAGAAAGUAUCCGUAGAAGGAUUUGGAAAUCGUUCCGUACUCGUCUUAAACCCUAAGCCGUCGCGGUGCUCAGCUCAGCCGCCGACCUUCGUCGUCGUAGCUGCCGUGCAGAGUCCAGCCGAAGUCGUACCGUUUCUUCUAAUCAAAACUUUGUCGGGAAUUAUUGGUUAUCGAGCCCUAUCUAUUUGCCACUCCUUAUCUAAAUGGCAUUUGUAGUGACGCCCUCGUUCAACGCCAGCUACACAACUCGGCGAGAAGACAUUCAUCUGCUAAAUCCGUGCUUUGAGUUGAAAAUUGAAAAACCUUUUGGUAAUAGAUUAAGCUGUAGACCUCCUAUUCCGCGGAAACCUCUCGUCGCGAUGGCCAGCAACUCAGUGCAAUCUGUCGCGCUGGUGUCUACGCUUGACCCGAGGAAUGUUGGAACAUCGAUAAUGGUGAAUGGCUGUACAGGGAAAGUGGGGAGGGCUGUGCUUGAAGCCGCCAUAGCUGCUGGGCUUAACCCGGUUCCUGUAGCGUUAGGUGGUCCGGAUGAUGUUGGGAAAAUCUUGGAUUUCAAUGGAAAGCAGAUUGAAAUUCACGGUCCAUCUGACAGAGAAUCUGUAUUGUCUUCGGCAUUUAAGGAAUACCCGGACUUGAUUGUAGUCGACUACACAGUACCAUCUGCUGUGAAUGAUAAUGCAGCCCUUUAUUGCAAAGUCGGGGUACCCUUUGUAAUGGGAACUACUGGAGGAGACAGGGAGCUUCUGUAUAAGACUGUGGAUGACUCAAAAGUUUAUGCUGUGAUAUCUCCCCAAAUGGGUAAACAGGUGGUAGCAUUUCUUGCAGCCAUGGAAAUUAUGUCAGAACAAUUUCCUGGUGCCUUUUCUGGGUACGAUCUAGAGGUAAUGGAGUCUCAUCAAGCUAGCAAGUUGGAUGUUUCUGGAACUGCUAAGGCUGUCAUCUCUUGUUUCAAAAAACUGGGAGCUGAAUUUGAGGAAGAGCAGGUAAAACUAAUAAGGGACCCUAGGUUACAAGUUGAGAUGGUGGGUGUCCCUGAAGAAUAUUUGUCCGGUCAUGCAUUUCACAUGUAUCACCUAACAUCACCUGAUGGAACUGUCUCCUUUGAGUUUCAACACAACGUAUGUGGUAGAUCAAUCUAUGCAGAGGGUACUGUUGAUGCUAUUCUAUUCCUCGCCAAAAAGGUGAGAUCAAACGCUGACAAACGGAUUUAUGAUAUGAUUGAUGUUCUCCGCGAGGGUAAUAUGAGAUAAAGAAUUUGUCAGAGUUUUGUAGUUUCUUUCCCAUGAAAUAGCAUGAUGACAGAGCUUUUUUUUCGAAGUGAUUAUUUAUUGGCUUCUCUAA